UACUUUCAGCCAAAGCAGCCUGGCCCCUCUCUUCGCGCGACCGCGUCUCAUCUCCACACCUCACCCCCUCCCUCUAGAAUCCUCUCCAGAACCAUCCAUCCUCGCUCCGUCUAGCCACACUCGUGCCCACGGCCGUCCGACGGGCUCCGAUGUCUGUCUCGCUCUCUCGGUCGGCAUCGUUCUGCUCCCAUUCGACAUCGCCGUCGUGCUCGCCAUCACCGAGAAAGCAGCUGCGCACCCCUUCGUCUGUAAGAUACGCAAGGUCGCAACAGGCUGCAGCUAGUGGCAGCGCCAUCAUCCCGCGGACAUCGUCGGCCUCACCACUCCCAUUCCUUGCCUCUGUCGACGACAAGUAUCCAACAUCAGCGCCUGCACACGCAAAGGACAAGGCGCGCAGUCAUCGACCGGACGCACAGGAUGACAAGAUGAGCGCGUCGUCCACAGCGACGCCUGCGUCUUCAAGCAAAUAUGUUCUCGACGACGGCACUUGGACUCGGCGGCGUGGUACGACAGCAGAGCAGAGACUUGACAGCGACAGUGGUACCGACCUCGACGAUGAGGACGCCGACCAACCUCCAAACCUAUCGCCACUCGAUUCCGUCCUCGAUCGCGUCCAGGUUCAGCCCAGCGGUGACACAAACAAAGCCAACUCAGCCUUUGUCGCUGUUCUUGGCGACGCCCCAUCGACAUCCUCCUCGUCCUCGUCGCUCAGGCCGAGGAAUCAACACCUGUCGAAGGCCGCCGACUUGCCACGGAGCUUUGAAACGCACGUUAGCAUGACACCACCGGCGCGUUUUGGCACUCACAACGAUUCGCCCUUUACCUCAUUUGCGCCUGGCUUGCCGGUCGCUCCCGUUACCGAGGUCAAGCGCCAACAGCGAAACGGAAGCAAUAUCCCUCGGUCUCGUGCCUUUGGUCCAUUUGCGCCGCUUGAUUCGCUGGAUGCUGGCCAAGGCGUCGAGGAGGAGGAGCACAGCCUGGCGGACGUGGGCACUUCCAUGAUGGGACACUGGCGAGCCAAAACAGAUGGAGAGGCAGAAAAGCGAAAGAGAGGCCAGGUGCCCACUUUCUUGAACCUCAACAAGGAGCGUCAACGAGGUGUGACCAUGGGCUCGACGAGCCAGAUGGACGUUGACUCAGAGAAUGACGACUUGCCUCCUCCCUCGCCUUCGCCAAUGGGUGACUUGGCGUUUCCACGGCAGAGCGAUUCAGGGGCAAGCUCAGAGGACGAUGAAGUGGAUGAAAUGAUGCUCAAACCCGGUGCUAGGACGCCAGCUACUGCCUUUAAGCGCAUGGGCGGCAGUCGGAGCAAGUCGGCCUUUCUGCCUCAAGAGCAACAACUGCAGCUCACGUCUCAACUGCCCGGCCUCGGUGGCGAAGUGCCUGUACGGUCACUGACGACAUCGUCGAUCAGAAUGUCCUCCUCCUCAUCGUCUGUGGGCUCAAAUUUGACGAUUGCCGCCUCGCCCUCCAACGCGUCCAGCCUAGGUCAACAGCAGACCAAGACACCCAUCAAGAGGCGCGCUGGAAACUCGUCAUCGGGGUCGAGAAGUCGUGUGCCGUCAACGUCAUCUCCGGUCCAGGACAUGUGGGCACAAGGCCGUGAUAUGAGCGAUGAGCGCAUCGCAGGUACAGCCACUCUCUUUGGGUUUGCGGGGCAGCCCAGCAGUAGCCCGGCGCGGCAGACGAGCCGGGAGAACAAGCGCAGGUCGACUGGCUCUCUCCAUCCGACACCACCAGGUAGUCGCCUGUUUGCUCGCGAUGCCUCUUCACCGCCACAAGUCAAGCGCAACUCUCUCACUCCCUCAGCUCCGAAUCUGGCUCUGCUACGGCGACACCUCGAUUCGACGCCGCAGGAAAGGGAUAAUAACGACAGCCCUAGGUCCGAACUUGGCUUUGACGACAGCGGUGUCGCUUUCGACACUCCAGGCCCGUCCAAGGACGCUGCGCCACAGUCGGCGGCAGCAGUGGAGCGCUUGCUGGGCAAACGACUUGGACUUAAGGGCACCCUCAGUCGCAAGUCGCCAUCUCUCGACAGCCUCUCUUCACCAUCCAAGGAGGCUGCCAUGCGGCAGAGUCAGCGUCAUCCCUUCAGCGUCAAGGAGCGAUCGGCGCUCGCAAACGAGACGAGACUCAGCGAUGCAGGGUCUUCCGCGGCCAGCUCGCCCGACUUUCUCAGACGCUCAGGAAAGACGAGCAGCGUGCCCGAGGGGCUUGCGAGCCCGGCGAGACACAUCAGCCAGGGCCGCUCCUCGGCUUCGGCAUCAUCGCUGGCAGUGGCAGAGGCUUCGGCGCCAUACAUGACGCCCCAGACGUACAAGAACGUCAAGCCCUUACAGACGGCAUUCAUGUCGACUGGACUCGUCUCGAAGCGAAACCGACCCUCGUUGGCGCCAGGGACUGUCGAUCCUGCCACAGGCGAGACGGUGCCACCUCUACCGCCCAAGCCAAACUUCAACCCAACGAUGCCGAGCCAGUCUGCCUUGGGCCUUCGCGAGGUGGUGGCAGCUGCCAACGCCCAGAAGGAAAUGGCAGGGGCCUCCCACACGAUGCCCGACACGCCCAUCAAGCGUCCAGGGUUCCCCGCCACCCUUGGUGUGACUCCAGCUGCGAGAUCGCCGCUCGCGUCUAUCUCGCCUGCGCACGACAGCGUCGGAUCCAACAGUGGCGGUGAAGAGUCACCACCCCUCGGCGACUCCUGCGACAGUCCCACCUUGAAUCUCGUGUCCAUGUCGGCCUCGCCUUGGGGGCCCGCUUACCGAGCGCGGUCCCGCUCGCCCUUUUCCAUUGCAGCUACGCAAGACGGCUUCGCCUCACAUGGAGCCCCUGAGCCUCAAGACAGCCAAGCUCCGAGCCCUUUGCAGGGGAGUGCUUCCCGCAAGGGCAAGACUCGAUCUAGCACCUCGCAGCUCAAGUCUGGUGGCAAGAGUCCCAAGGCCGACAGCAAGAGUCCCUCGCCCAGCAGCUCUCGACGACUGGCCCCGGACACCCUAUCGAGGCCGAUGCCUCUGCGCACCAAGUCCAACAACAGCAACAAUCCGCAGAGGCCGGCUCUUGGCCUGCAGCGCAAGAGCUCUUUUGGACCGCUCGGCAACGGCGAGCCCCAUGCAUUGCCUCUGCAGCUCAUCAAUAGCCCCACCUUUGGAUGCGAUUUCAUCCCGUCGACGCCGACGCGCAACUCGACCAACAUCAAGUGGUUUGAGGCAACCCAGAUUGUCACGACUCCCUCGCCUUCGUCGAGGCGCCAAUCGGCCGAAGUUCAUGCGGCUCGACGGAGCAGCUGGCAGAGCAACACGAGCAAGCUUCGCCAUGGCUCUCAAGAAUCGACACCCAUCAGCAAGCCUGUGCGGCCGUCACUGAUGAAGUUUGCGGUAACCAAAGCCUCGUACUUUGACACGAAGUUUACUGUCAUUUCCGUACUUGGUUCGGGCGAAUUCAGCGAGGCAGUCAAGGUCGAGGACAAGGAGACGCACAACGUCUACGCCGUCAAGAGAAUGAAGAAGCCGCUUGCAGGGACGCGCGAUCGACUGCGGAGGCUCGAGGAGGUCGACGUGCUCCGUCAUCUCGGUCGAGACGGAGGACAUCCCCACAUCAUCUCGCUCGCCGAUGCAUGGGAAGAGUCUUUCCACCUCUAUGUGCAGACGGAACUCUGCUCGCUGGGAACACUGAGCUUCUUUCUCAAUUACUAUGGCGAACACGAGGGCCAGCUGGACGAACCUCGGCUGUGGAAGAUCUUUGCCGAGCUUGCUUCUGGCGUUGCCCACAUUCAUCAAAACGGCGUCAUUCACCUGGACCUCAAGCCUGCCAACAUCUUCAUCACCGAGAUUGGCUCGCUCAAGAUUGGCGACUUUGGCAUGGCUACGCGCUGGCCACGACAGAGCUCCGAAGCCAUCAUCGAAGGUGCCGCCGUCGAGCUGAGCGGACCGCUGGACGAGGUGUUGCCGACGGCAAAGAGCCUCGAGAGGGAGGGUGACCGCGAGUACCUGGCACCCGAGGUCAUGUUCAACGGGCGCUACGACCGUCCCGCCGACAUUUUCAGCCUUGGGCUCGUCAUGCUCGAGGCAGCUGGCAACGUCUUCCUGCCUGACAACGGAGAGCCGUGGCAGAAGCUUAGAAGCGACGACCUGUCUGACGUCGACUUGAGUCAGUACUCUGUGUCGCUCGUGCGCUUGAUUCGCGCGUGCCUCAACCCUGAUCCGACCAAGCGACCGACAAUUGAGGCCAUCCUCGCCCAUCCUGUCUUCUCCGCCGUCAAGGCCAGAGUGGAGAUGGGACUGCAGACGUGGGAGCUGGACCAGCUCCCCAACGCCGACAACUUCUUUGGGAAUGAUUCGAGCGAUGCCGAGAUGACGGACUCGGAGGACCAUGGGGACGAGUACGAGGUGGUGCCCAAGACUCCAACUGCGCCUAUGAUGGAGCGAGGAUCGUCUGGCACAUCGUCCAAGUCUUCCACCUCUUCUGCCCUGGGUCUUAGCGGCGUGCCAGGCGAGCAGGUGUGCAAGUUUAGGGGUGCCUUGAUCCAGGAGACCGACGACUUUCUGCGCGAGAUUCUCGCAUACGAGCCCGACGUCGAGGCUCGCCAGCUCUUCAACCACAGCCUGCCGACGAUCAAGAUUGUCGGGCUGGGAUUCGAGCACGACGACAACGACCGACACCAUCACCCGAUGGAUCUAGACCAAGAUGAUGAAGUAGAAGAUGUCUUUGUACCAUGAAGCCCCAUUUCCCCCCUGCUUCUUCUCUUUCUAUACGCUGGCCUUCUAUCAUCCAUCCUUCCUGCUAGACAAUUUAUCUUGAGCGGUGUCCCACUUCAAUCGUAUCGAU